AUGGCUACGCCGAGACCUUCAACGUCCUACAGCACGGUGUCAACAUCGUAUCAAAAUGGAUACACAAACUCGACCUCCCAGCCUGCGUAUCCCCGCCGCUCGAGUACCACUCGUCCAAGUACAGGCAGGAGAUCGAGAGCGGGCUCUACAAUUGGUGGUGGUGAGUCUCAGCAGAUCAUCUGCGCCAUAAGUGAAGGCCGAGGAAUUUCACCAACUGUCGGCCUGGCCUUCGUCAAUAUCUCCACUGGUGAAGCUGUCCUUAGUCAAAUAUGUGACAACCAAUUUUACGCCAGAACACUCAAUAAGCUCCAGGUCUUUGAACCCACUGAAAUUCUGAUAGUGUCCACCACAGGACCUCCGAAUCCCAAAUCGAAGAUGUUCCAGGUCGUGGAGGAGAAUGUCCUGGGAGCAAGAAUUACCACCCUGGAUCGUAAGUAUUGGUCGGAAACUGCAGGUCUGGAGUAUAUCCAACAGUUGGCUUUCAUUGAAGAUGUUGAAGCAAUCAAAGUUGCGAUUGGUGGCAAUUACUUCGCAACUUGCUGUUUUGCCGCAGCACUCAAGUAUGUCGACUUGAGUUUGUCUUUGACUUUCGCCUUUCAUUCUCUCCGUAUCAAGUAUCAGCCGUCUGAGGGCUCGAUGAUGAUCGAUCUCUCCACUAUCCAAUCCUUGGAACUUAUUCAAAACUUGCAGAAUGCGAAGUCAAAGGCAUGUCUCUUUGGACUGAUGAAUGAAACAUUGACGCCCAUGGGGUCGCGACUCCUUAGAAGUAGCAUUCUCCAACCCUCGACGCAAGCGGACGUGCUUAACCAGCGGUAUGAUGCACUCGAGGAACUGUCGAACCGGGAGGAUAUGUUCUUUCAGAUAAGACAAGGUCUCAGGUCGUUUCAUGACAUUGAGAAGCUUUUGACUAGUCUUAUUAUCAUCCCAGCUCAGCCUGAUAUACGACAGUCUGAACAAGCGAUCAACAAUAUCUUGAUGUUGAAGAGUUUUGUCCAAGCAAUACCACCAUUAUACGGAGCACUCGCAGGCGCUCGAUCGGACCUUCUUAUAAUGAUCCGAGAGAACUGUCGAUACGAGAACAUCGAUCCAACGAUAAAGCUUAUAGCUGAAGUCAUAAACGAGGAUGUUACAUUCCAGAAGACGCCUUUGGAUUUGCGCAACCAAAGGACUUAUGCUGUGAAGUCUGGUGUCAGUGGCCUCCUUGAUGUUGCACGGCAAACCUUCAAAGAAGCUACAGAGGACGUACACCAACACGUCACUGAUAUCAACCAGCAAUACGAGAUGCAAGCGGAAACAAAAUAUGACAAUUCGCGCCGAUAUUGGUUAAGAAUUUCCGAAAAUAGUUUUGAUGGUCGAUCUCUUCCCGAUAUCCUUGUCAAUCGAUAUCGUAAGAAGGGGUUCAUCGAAUGCCAAACGCUGGAUCUCAUGAAAUUGAAUCAAAGAAUAGAAGACUCGCAUCAAGAAGUUGUCUUGAUGAGCGACAAGACCAUUCAGGAUUUGAUCGACAAUAUCCGAGGCGAAAUUCCAAGCCUAUUUCGAGUUUGUGAGAGCAUUGCUAUGUUAGACAUGAUUGCCUCGUUUGGUCAGUUAGUUACCACAAAUGAUUAUGCUAGGCCAGAGAUUACCGAUUGCCUCGCGAUCAAAUCUGGCCGCCAUCCAGUUAAGGAAAAGGUCCACUUGGAGAAAUAUGUUCCCAAUGAUGUCUAUGCUGCCCAGCAAUGUCGGUUCCAGAUCAUUACUGGCUGCAACAUGAGCGGUAAAAGCACCUACAUACGAUCAAUUGCUCUCAUGAGUGUGAUGGCCCAAGUUGGCUGUUUCGUCCCUGCGCAGACUGCUUCUUUCCCCAUAAUACGUCAACUAUUUGCCCGAGUAUCAAUGGACGACAGCAUUGAGGCAAAUGUUUCAACCUUUGCAUCUGAAAUGAGAGAGACGGCGUUCAUCCUAAGAAACAUCGAUAGGUCCAGUCUCGCUGUCAUCGAUGAACUUGGCCGCGGAACUAGCACCCGAGAUGGUCUUGCUAUUGCGUUGAGCAUUGCUGAAGCCUUGGUUGAGAGCAAAGCAUUGAUCUGGUUCGCAACGCAUUUCCGUGAACUAGCACAGAUAAUGUCAGAACGUGUUGGUGUUGUUAAUCUUCACCUCAUCUCAGAUAUGAGCAGGGAGAAUACAAUAACAAUGCUCUAUAAGAUUGGCCAAGGCUAUGUCAAAGAAGAACAUUACGGAUUGGCUUUAGCCCGUGUUGUAGACCUUCCACCACAAGUCCUUGAGAUCGCCGAAAAAGUAUCGAAGGCUCUGGAGGACCAGGCAGCGGCCAAGAAGAAGUCAUCGAAGGCAUUCGUACUUGUCAAGCGGAGGAAGCUUGUCCUAAGCCUGAAGGAGACACUAAAGCAAGCUGAAAAUAGUCCAAUGGAUGAUAAGGUUCUGUUGAAUUGGUUGCGAAAGCUUCAGGAGGAGUUCGUUCGUCGUAUGGAAAAAAUCGAGAGUGAUGCUACGAGUGAUGCGGAGGAGACAGUUGAAGAAGAUUCCGAGGAUAUUCCAGCAGACGAUGACCAGUCUGAGGAACCAGCUUCAGAUGUUCCCAGUUAAGUGAGCAACUACUUCGAUAUUCUUUGCUUUAUAUGCAUUAUGUAACUAUUGCUGUAUAAAAUACGAAAAUGGAAUUGCUAAGG